AUGAAGAAAGGAACGACCUUUUGUCAUACCUUGUGCUCUCUCUCCACUCCUGAAAAUGACGGCAAGGGUGGAUUGGCCACAGGUGGCUUCGUUGCCACGUCACUACACCCUAUAUCCACUACCAUUCCUGGCCGCUUUCCUGAGCCCAUUUCAGAGGCUAGUGAGUCUCUCGUGUUGCAUUCACCACCAUUACUGAGUCCAGAGGUGGAAUGUAAACUGCAUCGAAGACAGGGGUCAAGGGGAGCCAUGCCGAUUGCAAUGCAGCAAUCAUUAACGUCAAAGGGUGUGCAACCAACGCCAACACCGCCUGCGUUUUUGGCAACCCCAUUGAAUAGACGAUCGGAGAAGGGGUCCUCCUCGAUGUGCGCAUGUUUACAAGCGGGUUUCUCAAGAAAGUUUAGAGGUCGAACCCGUGUUUUCUGGCGCGUUGUAACCAACCCUGUUUGGUUGGGAGUAACAGCCACCACGGUGACUGAGAACACCAUCGUCUCUGCCUAUCUUACCUACGCUGCCAAAUACCUGCAGGCCCAGUUUCGCACACCUGCUCAUCUUGCAAGCAUUCAUACGGGUGGGUGCUGUGUUGAAGUCAUGGGUUAA